AUUUCAAUAUCCUCAUUUCAGACAAGCAAACAAAAUUUUUGGAGCCGACAUAAUAAUAACAUUGAAAUAAAAUUUUGUGAUCAAGGACCAUGGUAUAUAAAAUUAAAUAAUUCAAAAUAAAAAAAAUAAGAAGAAUUACAAUAUUAUUACUAUGCACGAGAUACCAGAAUGCCUAAAACGACGCUACAAGGCUUUGGAUGAAUUAAUUAAAGAUCUCAGUACAUAUGGUGCAACCCAUCCAGAUCUCAACGCUUCAUCCGACGAUCCAGAAAUUAAGCUCAUGUGUGAAUUUUGGAAUAUUCUGAAAGAAGAUCCAGAUGUUAAUUUAAAGCAAGCUGUCCAACAACGUAUGGGCCUCAGCUCUAAUAACAGUGGAUUGUUUGGGAAAGGAGUCGAAUGUUACAUGGCCGGGUGUUGCCAAAAGAAUAAUACAAAGAAACCAGAAUCUCCAAAUAAGACAAGAAAUGUCCCCGUUCAUAGUUGUAAAACUGGUUCCGAAGGUACUAAAACUCCACAGAAGGGGUUAACUAGUAGAGAUUCAACGAGGAGUAUAUCGCCUAAAGCCGAUCAACCAUUGCACAAAGUUCUUUGUAACUUGAAAGAGGCUGCUUCAUUCGAAAAAAAAUGUCAAGGAAAAGUUAACGAAUUGUUGGAGAAUCAAAAGCAUUUACAGGACCAAAUAACAGGUUUGGAACAAAAAGAACGGGAUGGGGCCCAACUACUCAAACAAGCGGAUUGUAUGUGGUCCUGUAUGGAGGAAUCAUACAAACGAAAAAUAGCUGAAUCAUUAGAAAGGCAAAAGGGCCUUUUAAAACAGCUAAAAGAAGUAGAGGCUAGCAAUAAAAAGUGGCGAAACAACAAGAAGGAUCUAGAUUUUCAAUUAAAUAAUGUAACCAAAUGUCACCAGGAGAUUGUUGAACAGAUUAAUGAAAAAACCAAUGACGUGAAAUGUAUUGAAAUGGAAAUAGAGAGUUUCAAAAACCGCAUAGAAAGUGAUAAGAAGGAUCUGGACAUCGCACAAAAGUCAAUGGUUAACAAGAAAAAGGCCUCUGAUGGUAGAUUGGCGACUAUAGCAUUACAAGUCACAAAACUGGAAAACAUUCUGAAAGAGGAGAAGAAGAUUAAGGAAACAAAAGAGGCGGAAGGAAGGGAAUAUAUAAAGGAAGCGAGAAACGAUUUACAGAAACUCUGCAAGGUGUUGCUGCAGAAGAAACUCGAGAAUGAGGACAUGAGAGCGGAAAAAGAAGCGCUGCUGUUGGAAAUCGAAAUGCUUAAACAAACAUGCGAUCAAUGCAGAGAGAAGUGUAAGAAUAAGCAGGAAUCUUUGAUAGAUGAGAUCAAAACAAUAGAUAAAGAGAUAGCGGAGUUCAAAGUGCGUUGUAUAAGAUGUCACCAAUGCGUGGACACUGGUGACGUUAGGAGCCUAUGUACGGAUUGUCCAAGAUGUUUGAAUGAGAGAGAGUGUUUGGUUGAUGGGGAUCACUGUAGUCCAGAUCACACAAUGGAUUGUGUUUGCGCCACCGUAAAGCAGAAGUUCUUGGAUAACGUCUUCGAUAACAUGUACACAUUGUUGGAGAGGCAAAUUAAAACCGGUCCGGGGAAGGCGGUGGCUGAAGCGGUAAUGGAUUGUCUGAAGAAGAGCAAGAACGGAAAAAUAAAUGAUCAGACGAAAAAGAUUUUGCAGGACUUUAUUUUGACCAGUGUGAAGAAGAACCUGAAAUUGACCAUUAUAGGUGGAGCUGUUAAAACCAGAUGUGAGAUGGACUCGGAGACUUACAAGCAGUUAAUGCUAUGUCUAAAGGAAGUGAAGGUCACCAAGCCUCCAAAAGUCGACAGAGGGACGGAUUCUAAAAAGGAUCCCUGUAAGCGGUGGGGAGGCCCAAGCGAGUGUAACUGUCCCAAGGGUCCUAAGGCUUGCGUUUGUAUCGGCAAAGGCUUAUUACCGACGAGCGAAACCCAGACAUGCCCGCCACAGUCUGAACCUGAGGAUGAUGCAAAUGUUAUAUCUUGCCCAUAUCGUGAGAAUGGAUCUUGCGGUGUCGAAUGCGCCGCCCGAGCGCCCGUCGACGUGGGUAGGGAAGUAGCUGCCUGGAAACCUGAUCCUUGCCAAGGGCCAUCGUGUCAGUUUAGAAAUAUGCGUGCUGCUCAGUGUGUUCUGGGACCGGAAGUGUUAGCAUCUAUUUCAGGAAAAGGAUUUAUCAAUUCCUUCGACGCUAGUUCACCAAGGAUGUCUGGAAAACAGGCUACUUGCAAGUGCAGCGGUACGCCAACAAUACCCUGCGUUUGUCACAAGGAUACAAAACAACUAAAAGCAAAUAUGAGCGGGAUGUGUGAUCAAAGUUGUGCGGAUGUUGAAAAAUCUCUUGAUUCCAGAGAUAACCAAGAAAGCAAUAAACAUAUAAAGUUUAAGAAUGCGAAUGUGGAAAAUAAAUUAGACGUACCAAUUAAGUAUGUACAAGUGGAUGUGCGUGAUAAUAACAACAGAUCUGAUAGUUCGUCAAUUUUAAAAUCUAAUGCAAAUAAUUUAAAAAUAGCUCUUAACCAAAAACUUAUAGCGUUAUUGGAGAGUAAAAUGGAGGAGAAGAAAAUUUUGCCUCUUAAAUUUAAAAAUGGUGAAAAUGGUGAACUUCUGGUUGACUUUCAAACAGAUGAUUCUAUGAGUGAGGGCGAGGCAAGAAUAUUAGCGAAAAAAUCACCAUCAGGUAAUAUUUUUUUGGAAAUCGAAAAAAAUGAACAAAUUAAUAAACAACGGUCCAAUGGUUACGCGAAUUCAACUAAUACAAAUACUAAAGACGGUAAAGAAGACAGUCGAGAAACAGAUGAAAAUUGCGCAAGUAAAAUAUUCCAAGUCAAAGUAAUUGGCACUCCAGAACUAAACGAGAAAGAUGAAUUUUUUGCACUCAAAUCCACACGUUCGGGUAAUUUUGAAAUAGUUCUCGAUAAAGAAUUCGAAAAAUGGUACAAGGAAACUGUAAAGAAUCAGGAGGGAGAAGAUGAUGAAUAUUAUAUGCGCUUGAAAAGAACAGAUUCUGGUAAUUACGUCCUAAAUGUGGAAGACAAUAACGAAAGCACCUUGCACAGUAAAAAUGCUUUACUAGUGAAAUCUGAUUCUGGUAACAUAAAAGUAAUUGUUAAUGAAGCAGCAAAAUCGCCUAUGAAAAAGGAGUCGUUCUCCAAAUCUAUAUUAUCUCCUAAAACAUUCAAAGAUUUAUUGCAAAAGCUUCCGGCUUCUUGUAAAGAGCUUCAGAUGGAAAAUAUUAAAAAGUCUCAUCUGCGACCUCAAAAGUCUAUCAGCGAUUCUGGUUUAUAUGGAAGAACUAAAUUUGAUUUACAAAACGAACAAUACUUUCCUUCUGAUAACACUCCCGUUCUCAAUAUGACAAGUUCUGGUGAAUUCACGGUUACCUUAAAUAAGGAAGCAAAAAAAUCUUUCAUAAAUAACCUAAAAAAUUACUUAAGCACCUCUUCUAAAGGACUAGUGCCAAUAAGAAGAAGUGUGUCUGGUGUCAUAUAUGUUGAUUUGAGUAGCUCAAAUAACUUGAGUAAUUAUGGUACAGUUAAAAUAACACCAUCAGGCAAUAUAUACAUAACAUUAGAUAAUCAAUUGGGUUUUGCGAAAGAAAUUUUUGGGAAUAAUAAAAACAGAAAAAUGGAUGGAGAGAACCAAUCGUCACAAUAUAAACGAAUGAGUCCCUACAAGGAAUCUGAUUCGCAAAAAUGUCAGAAUUGUGAUAAAUCAAAACGUUGCGAUUGUAAAAAAAUGCGUGACAAAGCAAAUAAUUGGUGUUCCAAGCGUUCUGUUGAUGGAUCGUCAGAAACUCAUCCAGAUAAUACCUUUUUUGCGGAGAUAAUUGAAAUACAUGGAGUGUUUAUUGAUCAUCUGUAG